UCAGUAAUAACACGGCCUACCACUAGAAAAAUAAUCACAAACCCACCUCUAGAAGCUAAAAGUAUAAUGUUUGUAUUAUUAACUAAGCUCAAAAUUAAAAUACUCCAAGAUAAUGAUAUCUGUUUUACCUAACCAAAUCCGAGGAAAAACAUUUACCUGUAUUAUAUAUUUCACCCAUCGGCCAAUGCCCACCAAGUAAACAAACACAACACACACACACUCACUGAUAUAGUUAAAGGAAGACUUGUACGUUUCAACUAUGGAACUUUUACUCCCACAUCCUUCAAACUCCUCUCCUCUCACUGUUCUUGGCUUCUUAGAACGAGCCGCCUCAGUCUACGGCGACUCUCCUUCCCUUCUCCACACAACCACCGUCCAUACUUGGUCUGAAACUCACUCACGAUGUCUCCGCAUUGCUUCCACUCUCUCUUCCUCCUCCCUAGGUAUCAACCGUGGCGAAGUCGUCUCUGUUAUCGGCCCCAACGUCCCUUCUGUUUACGAGCUUCAGUUUGCGGUUCCAAUGUCAGGCGCAGUCCUCAACAACAUCAACCCGCGUUUAAACGCUCACGCACUUUCUGUCAUUCUGCAUCACAGCGAAUCCAAACUCGUGUUUGUUGACCAUCAUUCAAGCUCUUUAGUCCUUGAAGCUGUCUCAUCCUUGCCCAAGAAUGAGAGACCUCGCCUUGUCCUCCUCAAGGACGGAAAUGACAUUCCAUCAUCUUCUUCUGUUGACCUGGAUUUUCUUGACACGUACGAAGGGGUUAUGGAGAGAGGAGACCCGAGGUUCAAGUGGGUACGUCCUAAAAGCGAGUGGGUUCCAAUGGUGCUGAACUACACCUCAGGAACUACCUCGUCUCCUAAGGGAGUGGUGCAUAGCCACAGGUCGGUUUUCCUGAGCACUAUUAACUCUUUGUUAGACUGGUCUUUGCCUAACCGUCCAGUAUACCUGUGGACCCUACCGAUGUUUCACGCCAAUGGGUGGAGCUACACAUGGGCUACAGCAGCUGUGGGGGCAACAAACAUCUGUGCCACAAGGGUCGAUGCUCCGACUAUUUUCAACCUGAUCGACAUGCACCAAGUGACCCACAUGUGCGCUGCGCCAAUGGUUCUCAACAUGUUGACUAAUUACCCCGGCCAGAAACCACUUAGGAGCCCAGUUAAGGUUAUGACCGCUGGAGCUCCACCACCAGCUACAGUCAUCGCCAAGGCUGAGGCGCUCGGUUUCGAGGUGGGUCAUGGUUAUGGGAUGACAGAAACAGGCGGUCUGGUUGUCUCGUGUGCAUGGAAGCCUGAGUGGGAUCGUCUAGAACCAUAUGAGAGAGCAAAACUGAAAUCAAGGCAAGGAAUUAGAACUACGGUAUUUGCACAAGUCGACAUUAGAGACCCAAUAACCGGGAAAAGCGUCAAGCAUGAUGGAGUAGCGGUGGGAGAGAUUGUCUUUAGAGGUGGUUCGGUCAUGCUUGGCUAUUAUAAAGACCCAGAAGGCACCGCAGCGAACAUGAGAGAAGACGGAUGGUUCUACACUGGAGACAUUGGAGUAAUGCAUCCAGACGGUUACUUGGAAGUCAAAGACAGAUCAAAAGACGUGGUAAUAUGCGGAGGAGAGAACAUCAGCAGCACGGAAGUUGAGACAGUUCUGUACACAAACCCCAUGAUUAAGGAAGCAGCGGUGGUGGCUAAGCCAGACAAGAUAUGGGGGGAAACGCCAUGUGCGUUUGUCAGCUUGAAGUAUCAUGACGGGUCUGUGACUGGGAAAGAGAUUAGGGAGUUUUGUAAAACCAAGCUGCCAAAGUAUAUGGUUCCAAGGAAUGUGGUUUUCCUGGAAGAGCUUCCAAAGACUUCUACUGGAAAGGUUCAAAAGUUUCUUCUUAGACAAAUGGCUAAGUCCUUGCAUUGAUGAAGAACGAUCUUGCUUUGUUGUUAUUGUUAAAUUGUACUCAAAGACAUUCUUCUCUA